CCACCUGCAGCUCCUGCAGCUCCUGCUGCUGCUGCUGCUGCUGCUGCUGCUGCUGCUGCUCCUGCAGAGCCCCGAGCCCGCAGCGGGGCCAGACAAUGCUGAUCGGGAUGGGACAAUGGAGAGGGACCCCAAACUUCCCCGUGUGUGGGCGUUCCUGACGCUCUGGCUGCAGAGGAAGCAGCGAUCCAAGCCCUGCAGCCUGCAGCUGCCUGCCCCCAGCCAGCUCGCCAGCCCGGGGGAAGGUGUCGUGCAGGAAAUCAACAUCACACACCAUGUGAAGGAGGGCUCUGAGAAGGCUGAUCCCUCACAGUUUGAGCUGCUGAAGGUGCUGGGACAGGGCUCUUUUGGCAAGGUUUUCUUGGUGAGAAAAAUAACUCCCCCAGACACCAACCACCUCUAUGCUAUGAAAGUGCUCAAGAAGGCAACACUGAAAGUGCGGGACCGACUGAGGACAAAGAUAGAAAGGGACAUCCUGGCUGAUGUCAACCACCCCUUUGUGGUGAAACUCCACUAUGCAUUCCAGACGGAGGGGAAGCUGUACCUCAUCUUGGAUUUCCUCAGAGGAGGUGACCUUUUCACUCGGCUUUCCAAAGAGGUGAUGUUCACUGAGGAGGAUGUGAAGUUCUACCUGGCAGAGCUGGCACUGGGACUCGACCACUUGCACAGUCUGGGGAUCAUCUACAGGGACCUCAAGCCAGAGAACAUCCUCUUGGAUGAAGAGGGGCACAUCAAACUCACAGAUUUUGGUUUGAGUAAGGAGGCCAUAGACCACGAGAAGAAAGCCUACUCCUUCUGUGGGACGGUGGAGUACAUGGCUCCGGAGGUGGUCAAUCGCCAGGGCCACUCGCACAGUGCUGACUGGUGGUCCUACGGGGUCCUCAUGUUUGAAAUGCUUACGGGGGCACUGCCCUUUCAGGGGAAGGACCGUAAGGAGACGAUGACCCUCAUCCUCAAAGCGAAACUGGGCAUGCCACAGUUCCUGAGCGCUGAGGCUCAGAGUCUCCUGCGAGCCCUUUUCAAAAGGAAUCCAGCCAACAGAUUAGGGUCUGGGCCAGAUGGGGCAGAGGAGAUCAAGCGCCACCCUUUCUACUCCACCAUCGACUGGAAUAAGCUGUACCGCAGGGAAAUCAAACCCCCUUUCAAGCCUGCAGUGGGCCAGCCAGAUGACACGUUUUAUUUUGACACAGAGUUCACGUCACGGACACCAAAAGAUUCCCCGGGUGUGCCCCCGAGUGCAGGGGCCCAUCAGCUCUUCCGAGGCUUCAGUUUCGUGGCAACCGGGUUAAUGGAGGAUGGCAAAGUCCACCCUCCCCAGCCUGCCCUGCAUUCAGUUGUGCAGCUUCAUGGCAAGAACGUCCAGUUCAGCGACGGGUACGUGGUGAAGGAGGCCAUCGGCGUGGGCUCCUACUCCGUCUGCAAACGCUGCAUCCACAAGGCCACCAACAUGGAGUACGCGGUCAAGGUGAUUGACAAGAGCAAGCGAGACCCUUCUGAGGAGAUCGAGAUCCUGCUGCGGUACGGGCAGCACCCAAACAUCAUCACCCUGAAAGAUGUGUACGAUGAUGGGAAGUACGUGUACCUGGUGACCGAGCUCAUGAGGGGAGGGGAGCUGCUGGAUAAAAUCCUCAGACAGAAAUUCUUCUCGGAGAGAGAAGCCAGUUCAGUCCUGCACAUGAUCUGUAAAACAGUGGAGUAUCUGCAUUCCCAAGGGGUGGUUCACAGGGACCUGAAGCCCAGCAAUAUCCUCUACGUGGAUAAAUCAGGGAACCCCGAGAGCAUCCGAAUCUGUGACUUUGGCUUUGCCAAGCAGCUCAGGGCUGAGAACGGGCUCCUCAUGACCCCCUGUUACACAGCAAACUUCGUGGCACCCGAGGUCCUGAAACGCCAAGGCUACGACGAGGGCUGUGACAUCUGGAGCCUGGGGGUCCUGCUGUACACGAUGCUGGCAGGCUGCACUCCCUUUGCAAAUGGUCCCAGUGACACUCCAGAAGAGAUCCUGACACGGAUAGGAGGGGGGAAGUUCUCCAUCAGUGGGGGCAAUUGGGACACUAUUUCUGACAUGGCCAAGGAUCUGGUAUCAAAGAUGCUCCACGUAGAUCCUCACCAGCGUCUCACAGCCAAGCAGGUCCUGCAGCAUCCUUGGAUAACCCAGAAGGACAGUUUACCCCAGAGCCAGCUCAAUCACCAGGACAUUCAGCUUGUAAAGGGCGCCAUGGCUGCCACGUACUCGGCACUGAACAGCUCCAAGCCAAGCCCUCAGCUGAAGCCCAUCGAAUCCUCCAUCCUGGCACAGAGGCGGGUGAAGAAGCUCCCCUCCACCACCCUGUGAGGCCCCACGGUGCAGAAACAGCCCGGAUUUUGCACACCUACAGAAGAGGGGGACAGGGGACGGGCAGGGUCUGCACAGGGGCUCCCCUGGGGACUUGCUCUCAAGAGGCCAAGUGCCUUCCUGCUCCUGAAAGACUGGCUCCUCCUCACGUGGACUGAUCUUUGCUGAGAGAACUUCACUGUAAAACUUUUUUGACGUGUAAAUUGUCGAUUUAUAAAGAAAUCCAUCUGUGUAUAUGAGAACUAGAAUGUAUAACUGAUGUCAAGUGGCACUAAAAAGCAGCUCUGAUUCACCCUU